AUGGCAGCGCAAGCGGCCCUAAUCGCCGAUACCAUAGUGGGGAUGAAACGGGCCCUUCGCAAUGAAAAUGAUGAUACGGGUCCCGAUGAUCCAAUCAUGCAACCCACGAAUAGAGGCAACAAGCUCCAGGCGAAUGCAAGAUAUGUGAAAGAGGGUGCUAUGGGCUAUGUAAACCCUGAGGAUCUGUAUAAACAGAAAAUUGAACAUGCCGGGUAUACACGUUAUAUCCUCCAACAUAAUCCUGUGCGCUACGACUCGGAAGGCGACGAGCUUGAUGACGAUGAUGAAGACUCAGAAGCAGAUGCAGCUGUGGCGGAAGAAAAUCCGUUCUCUGAGAUCGCACUGGAACAUUUUCUAUGCCCGUUGAAACAUCCAUCCGAACUUCCUUCUCACCCUUCGUUAUCGCACGCAUAUACUUCUAAGGCUCUUCUACACAUGACACGGGCGAUUGAGACCAAGUUGCGCCAGGAACGGGCUUUGUUAUGGCGGGCCAGGAAUUUACAUCGGCAAUUCCUUGGCGAUGGACGCUGGGCACCGUGUGGCUUAUUCGAGACGCCCGAAGACAGGUUGAUUUUUGAACCCCAAAUAGCUGGCACAGAGCACAAUUCCCCUCUAUCAGAAUACGAGACCAAUGGGGUCAAUGUCUCGGAACAAAAUGAACCUAAUAACUCGAGGGACAGUGCCCAAAAUCCAUCGUCAUCUGCAGCCUCCCCAAAAGAAGUCGAAUCACUACCACAUCACAGUGACAAACCCGAAGACGCAGAUAACGAUGUUGAAAUGGCGGCUGAGCCAACUGAGGUAUCAGAAAAAGAGUCUCGUAUUCUGGAUACCAAUCACGCGAAAGAGCCAAAAUUUGAAGAAGUCGAUACAGUUGUGGGCGACCUUCCGCAACAUUCAGAAUCUCGAGACGGUGUAGCCAAAUUAAAUGGCGACAAAACAGAUGAAUUGCCUGGCGAUCAGGAUCGGAUUCGAGGUAUGGAUGGGACUGUUGAUAAAGAGACGAAAAGGGACGAUGGCGCCGACCUAGAGCGUCAAAAUAAUGAUGAUAUGGGAGAUGGGAUAGACGAGGAUGUUGAGAUGGAAAAUGGAUCGUCCCCGGAGCCCCCAAGACGUAUGACAACCAGAGCUCAGACCAACGCAGGCCAACCGCAGCAAGAUCCUGAUUCCGAGCGUGCUUCCCCAUCCGCUUCUAGCGAUACACUUAGCUCGCUCCCUACACCUCACCCCUUGUAUCUCGUGCCCGAAUCAGUUCGCCCAGACGCCAAUUUUGGCCUACCUCCCAAUGAGGCCGAGGAUACCCGCCGACUUCUCUGGUCAUAUGUCCAGAAACAGGAAGAGACAGUGCGCGGUUUCGAGCACAUGCUUGAGACUCUUCUACGGGCUUGCCGGAUGAAAGAGGACGUUUUUGAAUGGUGCAAAGCGGAGGGGCAUGUCGGUGAGUUGAGCGAUGGGGAAGAUUGGUAUGACCGUGAGAAGUGGGGUCUUGCUGAAGGGGAGGACUUAAAGAAGGGUGCGGACGAAGACGACAUCGAACCGGUUGAGGAAAGCCGAUCGAAUAAGAGGGGCAGGGGUCGUCGUGCCUAA